AUGACUGUCUUCAGCUGCUUCAACUACCGAGUCGAUUGCGGCGCAAAACUGAACAUUGAAUGUGUAUGGAAUACAUCGCGCCGGGACGCAAACGCCCAAAUCGCGUUUCCCAGCAACCAGCGCCCUUCACCAACGGCUCAGGGUGGCAACGACACUGGCAUGCUUUCAGACUGGGGUCUUUCUGCAUCCAUCUUUGGAAACUUUUCAUCUUUUGACUAUGACUACUUGACGCGGGACCCCAGCACCCAAGACUGGUCUCAGGUCGCGUCGGAUGGUAUUCCGGGCCUAUUUGUGGACAGCCUUGACGCUUCAAAUCGGGAAAGCCCGAGCCAACAAAGUCAAGAUAUUGCUGGCGCCAGCAACCUUGAUAUGGCUGAGCUUCCAUUACCCUACAGUCGCGCAGAUGACGAAACAGUCCCCUUUCAGGAUGACGAACUCAUGCAGUUUUUCAUUCAGUCGGUCAGACCACCCAUCUUGGAAGAUGUGGAAGCGAGCAAAAAGUGGUUGAUCAUUAGGCAUGCCAUGGUUGACAUGGCACGCAACGCAUCCAUGGUUAGAGAUGCGAUAUCGGCCUUUUCAGCCCUGCUAAUCGCAAGGAAGUGCAACAACGAUAGCCUCGGGGACCAGAGACAUUACAAAAACGCCUCAGAUGCCGUUGCGGCCUUUGACACGGUCACCAUGGCCGACUACAGCCAGGACCGGCAGCAUGUACUUGUCGCGUUAUUCUUUCUCUGCUACAUUGACAUAUUGGGUGUCCAGAUGGAGACGGCACACCUGAACCUCAAACGGGCGUAUACUGUCUUUCAAAAAGGUCAAAAGAAUAGCUUUUCUGCCAUUGAAAGGCAGCUCUUGCUCUGGAUCCGCCUUCUUGAUGGGCGGGCAGUGUCGGCUGGGGGCGAAGGCAUGUUUUUGGCUGACAACGACGCCAUUCUAACUCAGAGCUCACCAUCUCACAACGAAUACGCCAUUGCCAGCCCCGAGGGCUCUACCGCCAACGACGAUGACAGCGUGGAAGAUGCCCUCUUCCAGACUCUGUACCAGCCCGGACUGGACUUCUUCCAAAAAGUUCAGAGCUUCAGCGGACGAAUAUCCAAGAUCGAUCCGUGGCAUCGUGCCAGGGGCACCGUCGAAGAUGAAAUCGAAGUCGUCAACAUCGGUGUGGCUAUUUCCACCGGUCUCCGCACGCUUUACAGUCAACGGCCCAUACUGAUGGACCUGGCGGUAGCGGGCAAGCUUACCGAGUCGCAUCUCUCGGCCCAUUUAGCAUCGUCCAUUAGUCGGACGUUCCGCACUUAUCUUUCCAACUUUUAUGCGGCCCGCGUGCAUCUCCAUCGUGUGGCCUACAAGACUUUGCCACUUACAAAGGAGGCAGAAGACGCUCUGCGCCAGAUCCGCACGCUGGCGCACCAAAUCGUCGCCGACUUGGGUCAGCAGGACAACCUCCCGGUGACGAUGCUUUGGCCGUUGCUCAUGCUCGGGGUGGAGGAAGCGGAGGCGGAGGAAAGAAUAUGGAUCAGGGAGCAGAUUCUGCGGAUGGAAAAUGUGGCGGGCAAUGCGCGCCUCACGACCAAGGUUCUUGAAGAGGUGCAGUUGAGGCAAGACGCAGCAAAUGCAAGAGUUGACAUCAGGUCGGUUCAGCAGUCUGUCUUCAACUCGUCGUUUGCAAUUGUGUAG